GGAAUUUUCUCAUCUCAUAUCUUGACCUGUAAAUAUGGCGGAAUAAGGGAAGGUCUUGUGCCUCCCUUGAAUCAAUUUGCACGUUUUUGAGGAGUGUGUGAUACAUUGCAAAGAAAAGCUUGAUAGCACUGAGACUCGAAGGAACAAACUAAUCGAUUAUAAAUGGCGAAACUUAUUGCAGUAUGUAGGGACGAAGAAUUUCCCUUUGAACGUCGACAGAUCCCACUCAUGAUCGAAGAAACACUCACAAUGGUGAUGGAAAUACCAGAAACAGUUAUCUCAACUGAAUGUGUUGUUGAAGGGGAUGUGAAACAAUUCAUUGAGAGAUAUGAUCUGUUGACAUUUGAAGAGCUUAACUGUGCACUAAUGGUUUCACAAAAAGAGCUGUUCGCGUUGCUGGCCCUGUCUGUCCCCUGUGUUGGAUGCAGAAGAAGUGUUGAACGGCUUUAUGGCCAGUUGUUGGAAUCAGGACAGCCUGCUUUAGAACCAUUGAUAAUCAAGACUUCAAGGGUCUUGACAUUGUCUGAUGGUUUCUUGUCUGAUCCCAGGCUGAUUUAUGCACUAUUUUACAUCCAUGGAUCCCAUCUGAAUGACAUGGUUGAUACAAUACCAAAGAGCAGAAGAAAUAGGAGAUGCAUCUUGCAUUCUCUAGAGACCCACAAAACUCGAUCUCUUGGCGGUGGAAAAAGAACUAAAAGGGCAGAGGUUUGUUCAUUUCUGGGAUUUCUUUCUAGGUGGAUGGAUGUAUGGGAUCUUCUCUCUCAGGAAUGCCGCGACGAGGUAGUGCUUAUUGACUCUGAUGCGCUAUUGGAAACCCUUGAGAAUUACCUCCGUAAACACAGAUUCUGUUCAGAAUGCAAGUCGAAAGUUUUGAAGGCGUAUAAUAUACUGACCGGAGACAUCGAGGGUGAAGCUGAAAAGGGAUAUUGCGCUACGCUGUAUGAAGGCUUGAAAAGCUGUCCUAAGGAAAGGCACGUACAUGUUCUAUGCGACACAGAUUUUAUCGCUCAUCUCAUUGAUAGUGCUGAGCCCGAGCUAACUGGCGGUCGGAGGGAAAGACAUGCAAGGACCAUAGAAAUCGCCCAGGGGGAGGUAUUGACGUGCCUGGGAAUUCACUUGUGGGAAAGACUGCAUCGCUUGUGGCAGAAAUUACGUGCUGAAGAACAAACAUGGCAGAUGCUUUUCUACUUAGGAGUCGAAGCUUUGCGCAAAAGUUUUGAAAUGGCUGUCGAAGAUAAACAAGGUAUAUCACGAUUGGAACAAGUAGUUGAGGAAAUAUCAGAAGCAGAGAGAAUGAAGGAGUUGAGGAAGGAACAAAAAAGACUGAAAAAGAAGAAGAGAAAAGAGAAUCGAUGCAAAUUCGCGAGUGACGCGGAAAAAAGAGGGAAGAUUGCCGAAUCUGAUACAGAGAAGGAAAAUGUUGGGGAGAACGGCCAAGAAAGUGAAAAUGAGCCAAAAAUUAUUCAAGAAAAUGGUAAAUGUGAAAGGUCAGAAGCGGUUGCAUGUAGCGAAGAAAAACCUAAUUUUGAAAUCACAAAGCCUAUUUUAAAUGGCAUUCAUGAAAAUACAACGGAUGAAAGCUGUCCUGGUAAUGAAGCUGUUGUUAAUACCUGUCAGGGGAUUGCGCCUGUCGCGGAAAAUUGUCAAGGAAAAAGCAGUGAGGAAGGGGUUGGCAGUAAUGAAACGAGCCACGUGGAAACAAGUUCUAAGGAUAAUGGUAAUGGAACGACAAGUGUAAUGUGUAAUUCCAAAGAAAGUAAUGGUUUCUGCAAGAAACUAAAUGAAACGAACUGUCAGAAAGAGUCUUUGAAAAAUGAAAUCUGCUAUUGUGGCGAUGAUGCAAAAGAAAUACCGCAUAAAAAGAACGGAUAUGUGAACGCCCUUGACGAGAAACCACGAUUGCACUGCAAAAAGGCAAAGGGAAUGUCGGCAAAUGGGUAUAUUAACCAAUCAGGGUGUCGCUCAUGCGGACAGAUUUUAACCCAGAGGGACAAGUUUGAUCGCGGCAAGGUAGACCAUGGUAGGAACCCCCCGGAAAGCGCCGAGAUGUGCGCCAAAUGCGCGUCUAUGAACUCAGAAGGAAUCAAUCGGAGAAAUCGAAAGAAAUUUGCUAAACCGAAAGAGGCACAUGAAAAUUUCAAUCCAAGAUCGAAAAACGAACCAAAGAAGACCAAAAGACAUCAAUUCAGGCAAGAUCCAAUUUCAAAAGAAGAUGAUGACGCCGAAUUAAAAUUACUCAAGUCGAUGGGAUGGCAUCGCUUAGAUGAUGAAAAUACGCUGGACCCUGGAUUAUCACACCAAGGCGAAGCCUGCAUCUCAGAGCAAGAAAUAAGGGAAUUUCAAGCCAAGAAGAAGGACUUGCAGAAUCAGCGGGAGCAGCUUCGGGAGAGACUACGUCAGCAGUUUCAAAUGAUGUGCAUAGAUUCAUCGGGCUGCUUUUGUAAUGAUAGGCCCGUUAAUGCAAUCAAAGUGAACAAAUCAUGAAUUUGCGAGAAUCUGUGAUUUUACUCCCUGCUUAGUUUUACGGAGUUUUUAUAGUGGCCAGGACACGUUAAUUGGGACGUUGAUUUGUUUGUUUAUGUGCUGAGUUAGAUGAAAUCAAAUUAUCACAACA